CAACGGUUCGGGAAAAGUACGUUAGCGUCCCCUCCUAACCCUAUGAUGUGAUAUACAUAUCAUAAGCCCCGGAGAAUCCACUGAUAUCGGGAAAUCCCCGCAGCAAAGCUGAACGGGGCAAACAACUACUAGAACCGUCUAGAACCGUAGUGUCGGUCACUGACUCUAUUUAAGUGGUGUCGGUGCCUAAGAGAUUCCAGAGAGGUUUACAAUGGUUGACGAAAAACGUGGAGCAGAAAAACUCCAAAAGCGGUUGUUGCAAUCCUCGGCAAUCCCAAGAGAGUUUUCAUUUCGCACAGCUGGCUAUAAGACAACUUUGCCAAAACGAGGUGCUGUUAAUAUAUUCAAGGCUUCAUCAAAACCUGGGACUACAAAAUGGAAUUGGAUGGUACGACUCGAUACCCCUCACAAGGGAGCCAACUUUCACCAUAUGAAUAUCAACCCAAAACUGGCAGGCAUUCGCCGUGAUCCCCACAUUCCAAUACCUGCUAACAGCGUUAAGGUGGCUGUGAAAACUGCAAAGUUCCUGAAAAAAGUGAACACCGUUCUGGUCCCAACAGCAGUGGCAAUUGAUAGCUUCAGAGUAGCUUCGAACGUCUAUAAAGACUAUGGCAAGGGGACCACUCGAAACACUGUGGAAACUGUCGCCGAAAUUGGUGGAAGUUGGGCUGGUGGCUCAUUAGGGUCAUCGGUAGGAUGUACCAUUGGUACAGCAAUUUUUCCAGGCAUAGGAACACUUGUCGGCGGAAUUUUCGGUGGUGUCGUUGGAGCAAUAUCAGGUGUCCUGGGCACCGAAGCAAUUGCUAGAGCAAUUGGGGACCAGUUAGAAUAUGAUAUCAAGGUUUGCAUUUGUCAUAAGUGCACGAAACAGUAUAACUGUCGCAAAUAUACUGGGCAACCAACUGACAGCUGUUCGACAUGUUCGUCUUCGAGUAUAGCUCUAUUGUAGACUAUUUCUUGGGGAGUCGAUAAAUUUUUUAUGACACAAUAUAAGUAAUAAUGAAAUGGUGAUGGUACGAGAUAUUACAAGUGAGCGAACUAUUUUCAGAGGAUUAUUAGCAUAUUUUCAUUUUGCAGAGAGUAUGAUACAGGUACAGUUCUUCUUCGUGAUUAGAUUAUAAGGAUCCCCCAAACGUAUUGAUAUUCUCAAUUAUUAUUAGACACUUUUUGAAUUAAAAAAUUCUCUAAACAACAUCUUACAGAUUCAAAUUAUUGAUGAAUUAUUGUUGGUGUAGAAAAUCAAGUUUUAAUAACGACUUGAUCAGAAAUUUGAUUAUUUAUUACUUUACUUGCUAUCCCAAAUCACCAAGUGUUCUUUGAUCAAUGUAACAAUAUUUUGAGGAUUUCCGUUCAAAAAAGUGUAAUAGAGCUGCAACGACAUAAUGAAAUAACCAUUAUUUAAUUUGACAACCUCGACUUUUUACACGUCUAGAUUGAAAUUGAUGAAGAAAUUUCCAUCUUACUUGAUCCCAUGAAACAUACUAUCUAAAAAUAUUUGAACAACUGUUAUCAAUAAUAACUGUAUCUUUGUAAUACCAGAA